GUGAUUCCAGAAUCAAAGAUCCAGUAUGGCGGAAUCUGUCAGCUGGCGUUUCGGGAGAAUAAACACGACUGUGUGUGAUUCCGCAUCUGCUGAUAUACGCUGUUGUGUGGAUUAGUCAAGAGAAGGAAACCGCUGUCUUACUGGAAGUCCGAUUGAAGUUUUGCAACAUUUGGAUCUGCAGCUGAAAAUCAUGAGUCAAAGUCAUUCAGAGUCUCAGGUGGGUGAGUCGGUGAAGAUGUUGAAGCUGUCAGCGUUUGAUCACAUUCCUGCAGUUGAGUUGAGUUCAGCACUGCCUGUGCGAGUUCCUCCUGCGGCGAUCCCGAUGGACCUGCGUGUGGACACGUCACCGGCGUUGGACUCGACUCGUCGUGAGCAGCAGGAACUGAUGACGCUCAAACACAAGCAGCAGGUGCAGCGGCGGAUCCUUAUCGCAGAGUUUCAGAGACAACAAGAGCAGUUGUCACGACAACACGAGGCGCAGCUACAGGAACACAUGAAGCAUCAGCAGGAUCUUCUGGCCCUCAAACAUCAGCAGGAGCUUCUGGAGCAUCAGAGGAAGACGGAGCAGCAGCAUCUGGAGCAGGACAUGGAGAAACACCAGCGAGAACAGAAGCUUCAGCUGCUCAAGAACAAAGAGCGCGGUCAGGAGAGUGCGGUGGCCAGUACAGAAGUGAAGAUGCGACUGCAGGAGUUUGUUCUGAAUAAAAAGAAAGCGCUCGUUCAGCGCAGUCUCAAUCACUGCAUCACCAGCGACCCGCGCUACUGGAAAACUCAGCACAGUUCUUUAGAUCCUCGUCAGACAGCCGUCAGUACAUACAGUCAGAUUGCCAUGGGCGUCUACGAGUCUAAAGAUGACUUUCCUCUUCGCAAAACAGCAUCGGAGCCGAAUCUUAAGCUGCGUUCUCGCCUGAAGCAGAAAGUGACGGAGCGGCGGAGCAGCCCAUUACUGUGGCGGAAAGACAGCCCCAUCAACAUGAUGAAGAAGCGCUCGCUGGACAUGGCAGUAGAUUCGGCGUGCAGCAGCGCACCUGGUUCAGGGCCCAGUUCCCCUAACAACAGUUCACACGGCAACCUGAGCGAGAACGGAGUCAGUGUGACCAUCUCCACAUCAUCGAACGAGUCGUCACUAGCUCAGCGGUUAGCUGGUCAUGAUGGUUCAGUGGGUCAACGAUCUCUGUAUACGUCUCCUUCACUACCCAACAUCACACUGGGUCUGCCCGCUUCUGGUGCCAACAAUGUGAUGUGUACACAGCAGGACAGUGAGCGUUUGUCUAUGACCAGUUUACCCAUUACCACUCCAUUCCUGUCCAGCUCCAUUCCAUCAUAUCUUGGCAAUCCUGACACCACAAACUCCCACAAUACACUGCUGCAGCACAUGGUCCUUCUCGAGCAAUCGGCUUCACCCAGUCCUUUAGUAGCUGGUAUGGGGGGCGUCCCGCUACAGAAGCUGCGGCAUCACCGGCCGCUGGGCCGCACGCAGUCGGCUCCUCUUCCUCAGAGCACACAGGCUCUUCAACAGCUGGUGGUCCAACAGCAGCAUCAACAGUUCCUGGAGAAACACAAACAACAGUUCCAACAGAUGCACAUCAACAAGAUGUUGGGUAAACCGAGCGAGCGACAGCACCAGAGUCACCCGGAGGAAACGGAAGAGGAGCUGCGAGAACAACAGACCAUCACACAGACACAACAGAUUCACAUGAACAUCAACAUUAAACAAGAACCUCCUGAUCUACAAGAGGAUGAACAAGAGCUGCACUUCAAACAGCAGGCUCUUCUAUUGGAACAGCAGAGAAUUCAUCAGCUCAGAAACUAUCAGGCGUCAGUGGAGGCGGCUGGUGUGUCAAUCACUUUUCCAGGGCACCGCCCCCUUUCCAGGGCCCAAUCAUCUCCCGCGUCUGCAUCGUUCAUUAGUGUGCAAGAACAAUCUUCCAAAACUCAUUUCACCACAGGUCUGGUGUAUGACUCUCUCAUGCAGAAGCACCAGUGCAUGUGCGGCAACACAAACACACACCCGGAACACGCCGGUCGCAUUCAAAGCAUCUGGUCUCGACUGCAGGAGACGGGGCUGCGCAGCCAGUGUGAGUGCAUUCGUGGGAGAAAAGCUUCAUUAGAGGAACUACAGACGGUUCAUUCUGAAGCUCACGUGAUGCUGUACGGAACAAACCCACUACGACACAAACUAGACAGUUCUGUCAUAUCAAUGUUUGUGCGGUUGCCGUGUGGCGGUAUCGGGGUGGACAGCGACACGAUCUGGAAUGAAGUUCACUCGUCGAGCGCCGCGCGUUUAGCCGUCGGUUCUGUGGUCGAGCUCGUCUUUAAAGUGGCAACAGGAGAGCUGAAGAACGGCUUCGCCGUGGUUCGGCCACCAGGACAUCACGCAGAGGAGAGCACGCCGAUGGGCUUCUGUUACUUUAACUCUGUUGCCAUAGCAGCCAAACUCCUGCAACAACGGCUCAAUGUCAGCAGAAUUCUCAUUGUUGAUUGGGAUGUUCAUCAUGGCAACGGAACUCAACAAGCGUUCUACGAUGAUCCAAACGUUCUUUACAUUUCUCUUCAUCGUUAUGAUGAUGGCAAUUUCUUUCCGGGCAGCGGAGCUCCUGAAGAGGUGGGCAGCAGCUCCGGUGUCGGAUUCAACGUCAAUGUGGCGUUUACUGGCGGUCUGGAGCCACCGAUGGGUGACGCAGAAUAUCUCGCUGCCUUCAGGACGGUGGUGAUGCCGAUCGCUGACGAGUUCGCACCAGAUAUCGUGCUGGUUUCUGCAGGUUUUGAUGCGGUUGAUGGACAUCCUCCUCCACUCGGAGGUUAUAAACUCACCGCCAGAUGUUUAGGUCACAUGACUAAGCAGCUGAUGGGGUUAGCGGGAGGUCAUGUGGUGCUGGCGCUAGAGGGCGGUCAUGACCUCAGAGCCAUAUGUGACGCAUCAGAGGCAUGUGUGUCUGCACUGUUGGACGUCGAGCUGGAGCCGCUGCCAGCAGAGCUCUUGAAACAGAGACCCAAUGAAAACGCUGUGAACACUAUAGAGAAAGUUCUAGAAAUUCACAGUAAGUACUGGAGAUCUGUUCAGCGUUUCAAGUCCAGCGUGAACCGCUCGCUAACUGAAGCUCAGAGAGGCGAUUCUGAAGAGAACGAGACUGUGACGGCGAUGGCAUCUUUAUCCGUCACUGCGCUGAAGAAACGAGCGGAGGAUGAACCGAUGGAAGAGGAGCCGCCCAUGUAGAGGAAGGAGUUUAUGAAACCAAUGAGCUUUUCAGGGUAUCUGCGUCUAUUUGACUUUGUCUUGUCUCACGGAGACGCUCGUGGUGGGCGGCGGUGAGCAGAGAGACGUGUUGGUCAGAUAGCAUUAGCGCUAGCACUGUGGCCCGAUGAACACGCUCAUGCUGUUUUUGGAGAUCUCCGUCCUGUUGGCCCUGAUACACAAACACACAGGGCCAUUCAAGAGUCAGUACAUCGUUCUGACAGAUGACUGAAGAAAGAGGAAAAGUGUCCAACAAACCAUCUACAGGCUCCAGAAGACUGUAAUGUUUAAAGGUGCACUCCGUAAUAUUUUCUUCAUUCCAAAAGUUUUACCCCUAAAGAAACGCAUGUAUAAAAUCAUGAAGACUCCAGUCAUAUCAGUAACUUUAUAAAAGCUAUUUUAUUCUACAUGGAGAGGGUCCACACAUGGGGCGGCCACGUUAGGAUCACAUGACCAGACAUGCCACUAGGUGGCAGUGUAUGUCCAAAAUGACAUGCUUAAAAACCUCCUGAGUGCACCUUUAAAAACACGAGUCUUAGUUCAAGAUCUUCAUACACAGGGUGCCGCUGUGACUCAUCAAGCGUUUCUGAGCGAGUGCCUUACAUUGAACUGUGCAUUCAGACACGUAACUCCAGUGGAGGGUGAGGAGAGAUUCAGUCUGAAACGUACUGUCGGGAAAAUAAAUAUAUAGAUAUAUAUUUAUUUAUUUUUGUCUAAUGAUCUGUACAGACGCUUCAGAAUAUGGCUGCAAGUGACAUCACAGAUCUGUAUGUUAAACACUGUAUUUUCAUGAAGAAAAACUUUGCAUUUAUUUUCAGAGCGAUUCAUCGCAUGCGCAUUUCAAGAAACCUAUAAAACUGGAAUAUGGAAAUAACGGUGAAAUGUGAAACGAGUUUGCAUCAUGUGUUGCACCUUUUUUAACCAAGUCUUGUAAAUUGUUUUACACGUGUGUUACAAGAACACGAUUAUACUUUAAUGGUUUUGCCUUUUGGAUUUUUACAUGGAAAGAGUUGAGAAAGAUGCUGCCGUACCAAAUCAACUCGUGCACUACAAACCGAUGUUGAGACCGCUAUGUGCAUGAAGCGGGAUUAAUAUAAUAUGCAUGUGCAAAUCUGUUUUCAUUUUAUUUGCCCUAAAGUCUCAAUUAUCCUCUAAAACACUUCAGUGCAACUCUAAUAAAUAAACUCAAUUCAGUCACUCAUUAUUUAAUGGGUCAUUCCUAAUUUACAACAUUAUUCCUGUUCUGAAAUGUAUCCUGUAUUUUCUCUUGAUUUUUAUUGUAUUUGCGCUUGUGGAUUUUAUUUCACGGUUAUAUUUAAUACUACAUACUUUAAAGACUUUUAUUGGCUGUUCACAUUUUUUCUACCAUCGUCACAAAGAUCGUUUGUGUGAUUAAA